AACCGACUUUACAGCUGUUGCCAAUCCCUGAAAUUCGUCCAAUGAGAAUGUUGCAUGGAGGAGGGAUUUCGGCGAUCAUGCAGAAACCACGCAAUCACAAGGGGCGGUGUAUGUUUGAAAAUGUGUACCGCUUUUGGAACGUCCCCGUCAGCUGGUGAAGUUCAAUCGGCCCUAGACUUUCCGUAGUAUUUUUACCAAAGUUUUAUGAAGAAGAAGCGAGGAAGUGGUUGAAGUUGCUAUUGGCUUCACUUUCUAUCGGUUCAUCUGCCUGCAUACUAACCUAUCAUCUUGUCCUCGCCGUUUGGAUAUAGCGUUGCCUUUUGCGCUAGCACAGUUAUUGAAGACUUCACUGGCGACUUUUCAGUUGUCGAAAUGCUUUGUGUUCAUGGCAGCUAACUGCUAUCUGCUGGCAAGUCGGACGGCUAGCUUUUGAUACAUCGCCUUGGAAAACGACAAGCAAAUGCAACCUCGUGUUUCUUCUGAAGGAAUCAUAGUUUGUUUAGCCGGAAAAGAGGGAGAGGGUGAAACCACCGCCAGCUAUCGUUGGAUAAACUAGGAGCUACGAACUUUGGUCUUGUUUGUGUCUGCACGCAGACACCCCAACACGUCCACACCAUGGCGGAAACAGGGCAGCUUGGAGGUUUUCAAGCGUUUACCUGUGCGGGGAAGAAAACAAACAGCAGUGGCAACCCGUCAAAUGUCAACGUUACAAAUGUGCGAAGGAAAACUCGCCAGUCACAGAAAAGAAACAUACACAAUAAGGUGGUCCUGGAGAAAGUUCUUGGCAUUACUACAAGCAACAGCAGUGGUCUGGCCUGUGACCCCAAUACUGGCCUGGUCGCCUACACAGCGGGGUGUGUGGUUGUCAUCCUGCACCCAAAGAAGAACAAACAAACUCAUAUUCUCAACACAUCUAGGAAAACCUUCUCUGCCUUGGCCUUCUCUCCGGAUGGAAAAUAUCUGGUCACUGGUGAGAGUGGGCACAUGCCGUGCGUGCGCGUGUGGGAGGUGGCGGAGCGGGCGCAGGUGGCGGAGGUGCAGUGCCACAAGUACGGAGUGGCCUGCGUAGCCUUCUCCCCUAGCAGCAGCUACAUCGUUUCCGUGGGAUACCAGUACGACCAGACCGUCAGCGUGUGGGAGUGGAGGAAAGGGGUCGUGAUUGCAUCCAAUAAGGUCUCCAGUCAAGUGCAGUCGGUCUCCUUUUCUGAGGACAACAGCUACUUUGUCACCGCCGGCAACAGACACGUCAAAUUCUGGUACCUGAACGCUUCCAAAGAGAGACGGGUGAACAGCACGGUGCCCCUGAUUGGCCGUUCGGGGUUGCUGGGGGACCACCGCAACAGCACGUUCUGCGGGCUGGCGUGCGGGCGCGGAGCCAUGGCCAGCAGCACCUACGCCAUCACCCACAAGGGCCUGCUCUGCCUCUUCAACUGCAGCCGCAACCUGGAGUCCUGGGUGGAGCUCAAGACCUCCUCGGCGGGUAGCCUGUGUGUGACGGAGCAGUAUGUGUUCUGCGGCUGUGCGGACGGUAUGGUGCGAGUGUUCCGGCCGCAGGACCUGCACUACAUCACCACCCUGCACCGACCGCAUCGCCUGGGGGUGGACAUCACACAAGGCCUGCAGCCAGGGCAUUUGUUCACCUCCGACCCCAACGCUCAGUACCCUGACACCUUGGCCUUGACCUUUGACCCGGUGGCUAAGCACCUGACGUGCGUGUACAGCGACCACAGCGUGUACACGUGGGACCUGCGGGAUCUGAGGAACGUGGGGAAGGUCUACUCGGCCCUCUACCACAGCGACUGCGUUUGGAGCGUUGAGACGUACCCGGAGGUGGAGUCUCCGUACGUCCCCUGUCUGCCCUCCAGUGCCUUCCUCACCUGCUCCUCUGACAACACCAUCCGCCUCUGGCACCUGGACCCCCAGCAGGGACACACUGCCUCCGCCUCCGUCACGGCCACCGCCUCCGCUUCCCAGGGCCUCCAACCAAACCUGCACCGCAACCUCUACAGCAAUGACCUGAUGAGGAUCGUGUACGUGGAGGAAGACCCUCAGCCUCAGCAGGGGGAUGGGGACGGGGGCGAGGCCAAGUCGGGCAUCAGGGUGCUGGGCGUCAGUCCCGACGGACAGCACCUCGCAGCAGGAGACCGCAACGGUAGCCUCAGGAUCUUUGAGCUGCAGUUUCUAGACGAGAUUGCCAAGAUAGUAGCCCAUGACUCUGAGGUGCUCUGUCUGGAGUUCUCACCCACCGAAACAGGCCUGUGUCUGCUUGCAUCUGCGAGCCGUGACCGUCUGAUCCACAUCUUCAACAUCUCCAACAGCUACACUCUGGAGCAGACCGUCUACGACCACUCCGGGGCCAUCACUGCCAUCAAGUUCUCAGGUGAGGGAUCAGAGGUGAACAUGGUGAGCUGUGGAGCCGAUAAGAGCAUCUACUUCCGCACUGCUGAACAGACGUCAGAGGGCUUGUCCUUCUCCCGUAACCAUUACGUAGCUGAGAAGACCACCCUGUACGAUAUGGACCUGGACAGCACACGCUCACAGGCGGCCAUCGCCUGCCAGGACCGCAACGUCAGGGUGUACGACAUCAAGAGUGGCAAGAUGAUGAGGUGCUUCAAGGGCUCCCCCAGUGAAGAAGGCAAUCUGCUGAAGGUGCAGAUGGAUCCCUCUGGUGUUUACGUUGCCACCAGCUGCUCAGACAAGAGCAUCAGCAUCUUUGACUACGCGUCUGGAGAGUGUGUGGCUAACCUUUUUGGCCACUCAGAAAUUGUGACAGGCCUGCGGUUCAGCCAGGACUGCAGACACCUCAUCACAGUCUCAGGGGACAGCUGUGUGUUUGUGUGGCGUCUGGACUCCCAGAUGACCACCUGUAUGAGGAAGAAGCAGGAGGAGAGGAGGCAGAGGGCCGGCAUCAGGAUCGCCAGCGCUGCCACCACAGAGCAAAUAAUCCGAAGAGAGACGUACAUCACAGGGCCUGCCAUAACUGUGCUGCAGGAGAAGAUCUUGGAGGACGAGGAGCAAUCAGCCUGUGAGGAACAGCCACACACUCCAGCGAGGGAUGACUCGACCCAAGAGGUCGUUGACCCCACGCUGCUGCAGACCAACGGCAGGUUUCCCAUGUGGGCGCGCAAACUGGUCGAAUCCAACACCACCACGACAGUCGUGGAGGCCACCCCUUCUCCGGCGGGUCCCCCCGUCCAGCGCAGGGGCCGCUGGGUGGAGCCCGCGGACCCCCAGGCCGCCAUCUCCUCCCUGCUGGGGGCCUGGAGCCAGCAGCAGCUCUCCCUCACGCCCAGCCCCCAGAGGGCCGACGGGGAGCAGGAGGGCGAGGUGGAGGUGGAGGAGUUGGAGGAGGAGGUGGAGCAGGAUGCUCAGUUCCAUCCCCAGAGCCUGGACAGCCUCAUGGAUGAGGAGAGGGAGGAGGGCGAAGGAGAGGAGGAGGAGGAAGAGGAAGAGGAGCAGGAGGAGAAGAAUCCCGGAGAACAGUUCCAGGAGGAGGAGGGCUUCCACAGGCCGGGCUACCUGCCGCUGUCGGCCGUGGGGGAGCUGUUUGACCCCAGCCGGGGCUCCCUGGAGAGGAGCGACUACAUCCUGUACCCAGCCAACAGCACCGCCCUCUCCACCACCACGGACGGGGAGUUUGAUGUGAAAGCCCUGUGUGAGUUGGGGGAGGAGCUGAGUCCAGACAGUGCCUGUUGUGUGGGGUCAGCUGAGAGCCAGGGAUCCAAUCAGGAGCCAGCCAUGGACGCAGCGGACACAGACUCCCUGAGUCAAGUGAGCUCUGCGGGCAGCUCUGGGCUGGAGGAGGAGGAUGGAGGCUUGCCAGAGGAAGGAGCCGAGCAGCUCCUCAGACAGCACUUUGAUACGCUGGUCAACACCCUGGCCAACGAUGAAAAGUUUGACACAGACCUCGGCAGUCUGCAGCCGACGUCUGAGGACAACUUGAUGAACCCACGCCUGAGCAUCUCCAGACGAUUUCUCUCGCGCUUCCAGAACCGUCAGCGAGGUGGCGGCCUAGGUGGUGGCACGACUGCGUGUGGGCCCUGGGUUGCAGCACUGCCUCAGUUGCAGGAGGCCUCCCCUAACAGCAGUAUCAACAGUAGCCAAAGCGGCAGCAGCAGCAGCAGCAGCACCAAGGCAUCACCUGCUGUCGUCCCUAACCUCCAGGCCUCUACAAAGCCCCUGCAGACAGCUGAUGGUGCCAUGCAGGCCGCCCCUGUGACUGCAGAGAGCAAGGGCACAGCUAUUGGCUAUGAAGUUGUGAAGCCAGUGAAGGUUCGGCCACCCCUCCGCAAGAAGCAAAACUCUGCGCCCACCCAACGACCCCCGCGCCCCCUGAAGAGUCGUCACAGCAUAGCUGCCAUUGGAUUUGGCAGCAGGACGCUGGGAGAGGUAACGGACAAGACCCUGUGCUCGCAGUCCAACAUUGAGAAUGUGGCCUCCGUUUCAGCCUACAGUACCCCAACAGGCCCCUCCUCUUCCAAACCCAGCCACCCAGGACUGGAGAAGGCUCAAUAUGGCUACAUGAGCGCCACCACCAGUUCCCGAGCCAAGGUCUCGCAAGGAGCCCCAGGCGACGUUCACACUACCAGCAGAGGCCCCACCACCACGACUGAAGACUCCUCUUCCCAGCAAUCAGCCAGCGGGCUGAGCUCCUCCACCCACGACCUGCACCUGGAGCACGGGGACUUCAAGGAGAACUUGCCCCCGCCUCCAGCCUCUCCGCUGGCCUCCUCCACCAUCCUCAGCACCGCAUCCAGCCUUCCCUCCACCCCCGCCGCGGCCACCUCCCCGGGGCCCGGCAACCACAGCGCCCGAGCCGCCUUGCGCCUGGACCUGGCCGCGUCCGACGGCGCCCCCGUGGCUCGCACCCCAGCUGCCCAGAAGGCGCGGCGGCGGACCGAGGGCAUGGCCAGUACCAGAGGGCCGGCGCUGGUGACGCCAACGGAGAUGCGAUCACUGGGUCGCGAGGGCAAGACUCGGCUUGGCACUGUCGAGGACGGCAUGCACCCUCCCCGCGGUGCCAGUGCCAGUGCUGUUGCUCCUACCCUUUCCUCCAGGGCGUCCACUACCCUCCCUGCCAGCUGCCACUGUCAGGAGCCCAGUGGAAGGAUGGGGGCAAGGGAUGGCGAGGGACACACCAGGUCGGAGUCCCGGGAACACACGGUGCUGCAUGGAGACUCCGUUGCCAGCCUGGCAGCGUUUUCGACUGCGGAUUCUCGAUCUUUUGCGGAUCGGCCAGCGUCGUGCUCCAGUCCGCUAGAUCCAGUUGGUCAAGGGGAGAUGGUGAACCUGCAGAUGUGCAACCAGAUAGUGAACGAGCUGAGGCAGUCGAUGAAGAGAGCUGUUGGCUUAUACAGCAAGCUCUCCUCCCAGGCUGAUCUCCCAGACCAGCAGACCCAGAUGCUGUCCAUCCUUCAGGGAGCCUUUGCAGGCGUCCAGGUGGAGUUGGACUCGGUCUUCACCUCCUCCUCCUCUUCCUCUCCUCCCUCUCCACCUCCUCCCCCUGCCACUCCUGCUCCUACCCCCGUGGGCGGACCUCCUCCUGAGGACUCCCCCGGGCGGCAGCUGAGGGACCAGCGCACUGUGGCCCUCCUGGAACGCUACUCGGAGCUCCUGCUCAAGAUGGCCGCUGAGAAGAUGGAGGCCAGCUGAGCUAAAAGUCCUCCGUCAUGGUGGUGUGAUGAGAUGUGUGGUUGUUACCUCGACGUGACACCCACAGUGCAGAAUGCAAUGUGCGGGCUAUUUAUUUAGUGAAGGAGGGAGUAUUUCGGACAUAUUUUGUACCCGGUCUUGCACCCCAACAUUAGCAAUCAAACUUUCUUGCUCUUAUAAGAGUCAUUGGCUUUUGACAAUUAAGUAGUGUGAUUUUUAUUGUUGUUUAUAUAUGUAUACAAAUAUACAGCCAUCUUGGACUUUUACUGUGAAGAAUUUACCGCCACCUUAAAUUUUUACUGUUUUUUUUAGAGACAAAACAAUGCUGACUGAAUGUGAAUAUCUGUGUAAAUGUUGUAUGUAUGCUUGUGGUUGAAGAUGGAUGAAGAUGUGUAUAACACCAUGCAUUUUAACUAAAGAAGAACCUAUGGUCCUGCCAAUGUUUACGGUACCUUUGAAAGUAUGUUUGACUUCACCAAUGUAAUAUUUCAUUCAUGGGUAAAGUCCAACUCUUAAAUUGCCAAAUCCCUUUUACAUUAAAAUCCUAGCCUCACCAAAUUGAACUUUUCAAUUAGGCUGGUCAUAAUGUUUUGUUUUUAUUAUUACUUUGUAGAUGUGGUGGACCUUAGUGUGGACAAUGUUGUUCUUUAGUGGUUCAAGUUAUUCAGUUUGGCAGCACCUUGGAGAAGUGUAUUUAAGUUGCUUUGGUCACAGGGCUUGCACACAUGGAUACACAUGGAAACUGUUUGUUUUCUCUUCCUAAUGGUUUUGUUUGUCUUUUAUGGUUAAAACUGCAGUAUUAUGCCACAUGCCAAUGUGUUUCCCCCAUCAAGUUAUUGGAUGUGCAAUCCUUUCAUAUCUUUGUUUACCACCGUUUGGUUUCUUUUUGUAUAAAUUACAUGUAAAUAUUUUCUUUUAAGUUUUGACAUGUCUCCCUGUCGUUACAUUUUAAAUGUUUUUAAUAAACUGUAUACCAUUCUA